CGGCCCGGGACCCUCACAUUACGUAACACUAAACGCACAGGACGGCGCACAAACUAUGUGAUUUUAUUUUAUCUUACAUUUUUCUACGGUUUUUGAUUACUUAUACAAUUUUUAGGCAUAAGUAUAGUGAUAUUAUGUUAACUGUCGGGGAUAUAAUUCAGGUGGUUUUAUGUUUCGUUAUUUUGGGAUUUAUUGAUAAAAUAGAAUCUUUUUACUAUCUUUAUAAAAUUAAACACAAAGAAGAAAACAAUAAUAAUAAAGAAGGAGAAGCUCAAGAAGCAGAAGAAGUGAAUAUUGUUGGUAGCAUUGUGGUGGAGAUUGCUCCGGAGUGAUACAAAUUUAAAACAAAAAUUCGAUCGAUUGUUUUAGUUAUAGUUAAUCGUAAAUAAUUAGUAAUAGGUCUUUGUUAUUAGAAGAGAUACGAAAUCAAAACAAAUGAAUAGUAUUGUACUAAAUGUGACAAUACUCAGUAAUUCAUUUCAUUGAGAAUAAGAAGAUAUUCAUCGAUAGUCGUAUGUUGUGUUGAGUGAUAUUUACAAGAUGACAAUGGAACGUGAUCGCGGUGAGCGCGACUACAUCGGAUUCGCGACCCUGCCCGAGCAAGUGCACCGAAAAUCGGUGAAGCGCGGAUUUGAUUUCACACUAAUGGUUGUGGGGGAGUCGGGACUCGGCAAGUCAACACUUAUCAACAGCUUAUUUUUAGGAGACCUUUACAAGAAUAGAAAAAUACCAGACGCACAGGAUAGAAUAGAAAAAACAACAACGGUAGAAAAGAAAACAAUGGAAAUCGAAGAACGGGGUGUAAAGUUGAGAUUGACAAUAGUGGACACACCUGGGUUUGGAGAUGCUAUUAACUGCGAAGACUCUUGGAGAGUUUGCUCUGCAUACAUCGACGAACAGUUUAGACAGUACUUCACUGAUGAAAGUGGAUUAAAUCGACGUCACAUGCAAGAUAAUCGAGUGCAUUGCUGUCUCUACUUCGUUCCGCCCUGGGCCCAUAGUUUACGUCAUGUGGAUUUGGAAAUGAUGAGACGGCUUCACCGCAAAGUGAAUAUUGUAGUGGUAAUAGCGAAAGCGGACUCCCUAACUGCAGCCGAAGUAAAACGGCUAAAGACGCGAAUACUUAACGAUUUGGAAGAACAUCAAAUACAAGUUUAUCAAUUUCCUGAAUGCGACAGUGACGAAGAUGAAGAGUUUAAGCAACAAGACCGAGAGCUAAAGGCAGCAGCUCCAUUCGCUGUAGUAGCUUCAGACGUUGUAUUGGAAGUAGGAGGCAAACGGGUACGCGGACGACAGUACCCAUGGGGAAUUGUCGACGUUGAAAAUCCACGGCACUCUGACUUCACGAAGCUCCGGACGAUGCUGAUCUCAACUCAUAUGCAAGACCUAAAAGAUGUGACGCAGGACGUGCACUAUGAGAACUUCCGAGCGCAAUGCAUCUCACAGAUAUCGCAACAUGCUAUGCGGGAAAGAGGAAAGCUGAAGAGGGAUUCGAUGGGAAACAACAACGAAGUAGUAAUCACAGAUACAGAUCGUUUGUUGCUGCAGAAGGACGAAGAGAUCCGACGUAUGCAAGAUAUGUUAACGCAGAUGCAAGAAAAACUCAAAGCUUCCGAUAAAAAACACGACAGUAUUAUAGAUGUAUAGAAAAUAGACUGCAAUAUAUUUAGAGUAGCAUUAAAACUAAAACUACUCACAUAGAUGUAAUAAAUUAUGAAAACCUCUUUAGAAAAUUCAAAUGAAUUUAGAUUUUUUAUUAUAAUAAUAAUAGGUACCUAAUGUAACACAAAUCAUAUAACAGUCGGUAAUUUAAAUACUUAGUAACAGAAAAACACAGUCUUCAUAGAGAUAGUCCACUAGGAAUGUAUGGCUCGGUUAAGACUACCAAUUUCGUCUGCGAGGUAAAAACAUAAUUUAUGCAAAGAUAAUCUUUUAUGGAGUUCCUCGAUCCAAAACUGCCGCAAGUCGAGGACGCGUCGUGGGGCAACAGUAUAGUUGGUUGUGCCACUCCGUGUCUAAUAUUGAUGUGCACUAAAUUGGAACGCGCGACAAACAUCACAACGACGAUACAACGCAACUUCCGCAAACGAUGGAGCUAUUUUCCGUGCCAUAAAUUCUACCUUUCCCACACGAUCGAUCGAACACACCACCUGCCUAUCAAUCUGUUAAUACCUAAUUAGGGAUAAUUUAGACAAAAUUAUUACUUCUCAUGUAUCCUUUUGUCAAAAGUAGUUAGUUAGGUGUAUUUUAUCUUCGCAAUAAUAAUAAACAUAGACUAAGUAAUUAUAUCUUGUACCUAACUAUCUCAUAAUUAACACCUUUUUAUGUUUUCUAUAAACUUGUUAUAUCUACCGUUGAGUACGUUUACAUUAUUUGUAUGCAACCUAUAUAUUGUGACCAAGUAUUUAUUAUCUACACGAAAUAUUUCGAAAAAGCUCGUUUUUAAAAGAGAUAGUUUUCAUAAAACAAUGUACUAUUUUUGCUGAAAAUUCCUACACUUUAACUCUUUUUUGUUUAACAAGUAGCUAGAUAGUCUGUAAUUCACGGAAAGCUUUACCUUACACAUGGUUAGUGGGUUUAUCUAAACAAUAAAAAUCUGCAUCUAAAAAAAAUUCACGACACUUUAUUUACAAGGUAAUUAUAGUUUUUGUGCCUCGGGUACUUCUAAUAAUUUAUAACACAAUCACUUCUAACACAAUCUAGGCAUACCAAAGUAUUUAUUUAAUUUUGUUCUAUAUAAUUAUUGAAAUAAAGCAGCAAGUAAGUAAAUUGAUACUUUACCAA